AUGUCACCGGCACUUCCAGCAGCAGCUGCAAUGGGUGACGUAAGGCGCGGCGCGGCCACGGAGCGCGACCCGAUGCUCAAUAGCCGUGAAUGCGCGUCGCUCGACGCGGACCUUCCCAAGGCAUCGUUCCUCUUCAUGGUGAUCGGUUUUGGCUACCUGUUUCCGUACAACGCACUGUCGCAACCCGUCGAUUACUGGCACCUUCUCUUUCCCGCGUUCAAUGUGGAUUUUGAAAUCUCAUGGGCAUACAACAUUGCGAGCGUCACGACGCUAUUCCUCAUCGUGUGGAUCGGUGGUAAGCAGUGGUACACGGGUCGUAUUGUCGGCGGGUUUUUCACUCAAGUCGUCAUCCUCGCCGUGUUGCCCGCGUCGUACUUGGUCUUUACGACCGAGUUCCAGAAUCUUGCGAUGGUACUGGGCAGCACGGUGGUGGUCUCCAUCGCGACGUCAUUUCUCGACUCGUCCGUGUUUUCCCUGGCGAACCUCUUCCCCACUGGCGGCAUCGAGUCAGUGCAGCUCGGCAUGGGGUUCUCCAUGGUCGUUACGUCGGGCUACCGCAUUAUCACGAAAGCGUUCUUCCCCGCCGACGCCGUCGUGGGAGCCACGAUGUUGUACUUUAUGGUCGGCGCCGCCACCGUCGCGUGCGGCAUCCUUGCGUACUACGUUCUGCUCAGCCUCCCACUUACGCAGCACUGCCUCGACAAGGCGAAGCAGGACAUCGUUCGCCUGUCCCUCGUACGCAAGAUUUGGUGCCAGGAGUUGUAUGUGGCCCUCACGUAUGCGAGCUCUCUAGCGGCAUGGCCCGGCGUCGUGUCAGUCAUUCCAAGCUACCAGUUUCCAUCGCUGAAUUCGUCGGGGUGGUGGCCACAAAUUUUGCUUGCGACUUACGCCGGGUGUGAACUCGUGGGGCGCUACCUCGUCCGCUAUCGACGUGGCAUGCACGCAAAUACGAUUUGGAUGUUUGUGGUCCCGAGACUUUUGACCAUUCCCCUCGCCGUGUGCUGCGCCAAGGGCGUGCUUACCCAUGACGCUAUCUCGAUUGCAGUCACGGUCGGCGCGGGGCUCUCGUCCGGGUAUGUUGGAACCCUCGCCAUAGUCGUCGUGAAUGAGAUCGUCGAGCCGGAAGAGCAGAGCGCGACGGGGAUGCUGUCGAGUUUUUUCUUGAAUGUUGGGCUCAUCGUGGGCUCGUCGGUCGGCGUGGCUUUGGCCAAAGUGUUCGACAUGUAGUUAACGAGCAUCCUCAAACCACGCAUUUGCGUCACG